AUGCAUCUCGCUACAUCUUGCCGCCAAGCUAAGAGUUGCAGCUCCAGUCCAGACUCCAGACUUCACGCCGCCUGCACCUUCCACUCAAACUUCGCGUCUCCCGACUUCCCCGCGACGUUUUCGCGCCUGGUAGCCAGUCUACCGAAUGUUUUCUUCAUCUCGAAGAUGAAUUCCUGGCUGGGCAGCACCAUCUCCGAUAAGCUCGGUGAGGCUUUAGCCUACAAGACUGCAAGGCAUGAUGGCAUCAAGCCUGAGCCUUCUUUACUUGUUGAUGUGACUGAGAAUGGCAGCAACUUGAAAGUCCGCGUAAAUAUGCCAACCGUCUCACUACAUGUGCUUAGGGUCCAAGGUUCAGUACUCACAGUCACCGAUGGCUCAGCCUCCGUACAAGCCAGACUGUCUUCCACCUGCAAACAACGAUUCGAAAAUCAGUAUUCACCGUCGCUCUCAUUCAUUGAGAAAAAGUCCAUCACCUCCACUAUUUCAGACAUUACUCACACAACACUGGGUCCUCUUAACUCGCGGAUUCAGCUGCAGCUUUCCAGCUUGUCUAUUUCUCACAAUCCUUUGGACCUUUCUGCUACCAGACCCGACCGCAUCACACCUGUUCACACGAUCGAAAAGAUUAGGGCGUGUCUGAUUCAGCUGCAACAACUUCAUCAAUCAGCGUCAGCGACCGAGCCUCUUGCAGUGGACGAUGACUCAGUUGCGGCACUCACGACCACUGACAUUAGCGAUGUAGUGAUGAUCGAAGCUCCUUCAAAUGCUCCAAGCGCUCCUGAGAGAACCACUCCUUUGAAGCGAACCCAUGCGCAGUCCUCUCCCAACCAUCCAAGUUCUCAUCGAGUCGUGAAACCUCGCAUUCAUGAUGAAGAUCAAGAUGUCAUUGUUCAGACAGGCAUAAAUCUGCAACAGCCUGUACAGCUUCAAGCCAAUGAGUCUCAAGAGCGCAACAAACAGCUGAUGCUGAGCCUUAUACAAAAGAAUUUGGGUGCAAGAGCUUCUGUUUCCGCCGACCGGGAGCAAGCUCUGCGUUUGGGUGGCUUUAUGUCAGCGCAAAUGGCUCCACCCCCAGUUCCAGCUGCUGGUAACAGUAAUGUUCAGCCACAAGUACUGUCGCAACCAGCAUCGCAGCCAACCUCACAAACCUUCGAAUCGCAGGUACCCAUGCCCGAUAUCCCUGUUGUCGAAUCUGUUGGAAGAUCCAGUUAUCCGAAGAACACGUCCGUUGUGCAGCCCGAAACUGAAAACAUGUCUUUGCAUACACGACCUAGGAUUCAUCAACCAAAUAACACGCCAACUUCAGCCCAGCCAGAGCCAUUGGAAGUUACACAAUCAUCUCUGCCACGAAUGCCGCCACCACGGGCUCCCUUGCCAUCACAAUCAGAAGCUCUAGCAGCUUCUCUGACUACUUCCAGCUCACAUUUGUUAGACACUUCGUCUUCCAGCAUUCAAGGGUCGCUGCACAGAGCCCCUUCAGCGUUGAUGGUCAAAUAUGCGCGAAAACCUAUGCCGGAAAAUCAGAGCAAACUGCUAGAAAAGCCUUCCUCGUGGUAUCCUCCAAGGCCUGGAACCACGUUCCCUCAUCCGAAUGUUCCUGUGGAAGUUCUCGACAAGGUUGAAAAGGCUGCUGAGCGGCGAGCGGCAAGACGAAAAGAGGAGGAGCGAAAGAGACAGUCGCAAAAAGCAAACGAACGAGAACAAGGGAGCCUAUCGAAUGCUCUGCCGGUGACUCAGGGGACACAGGAUACCCUACUCUCGUGGGAAUCGUCACCAGAGCAUCAUACCCGGCCUCGGUCUCGCAUGGAUACGCUUCGUCGUUCAACUAAUUUCGUGGAUCCAGAACCGCUACCAGCUAGGUUGCCACCAGGCGAGCUACCACCUGACAGCAGCGCAGAGGAUCGCACGCAAGUAGAUGACCCCGAGGUAGAUGAGUCUCUCGACCAGAUACCUUCGAGCCCACCUUCUGGCUCUUUAUCUCAAGAAAGUUAUGCUUCCGGGCUCGAUGUUGUCGCAACACCCCAGCCAAAUCUGCGACAGCUACCCGAGUAUCCCUUGGGCUCACCCGCAGAAAACUUCUCAGGAUCAAAUCCUGGGUCACAGCCCGGCAAGAUUGUGUUGCGAGACCCUCCAGCAAAGACCACAUCUUACAAUAAGACCCAGCCUGAAAGGGAUGUUCGUGCCUCAUCCCCUGUCCUUGAAGUCGCCGCAAGUCCUCAACCUCGUGAGAGACCCGAGGAAGAGUCUAAUAUGCGAUUCGCGGACCGGGACCAUGAAGAAUCAUCAGCUUCGCAGAAUAUCAGACGCCUCAAUGACACACUCUCACUAGUCAAUCGACCUCAAGAUGAUGAUAUUGUGAUGAACGAUCAACAAGCUGACAACGAUCCGGCUGUUGAUGGGCAAGAACAAAACAUUGUCGCAGAAUCCCCAAGACCUCAGUCACGACGAGACCGAAGGACCAGCUGGGGACUUUCAGAAUCAGCUGAGACGAUCGAACAGAGGCGAGCUCGUAUGAAGCGCGAGUUCUUCGAGCAGCGGCGGAAGACUACCACUCACAUAACCAAUCUCAGCACUACGUAUGUGUCGCCGCCAAAGGCUCGACUCAAUGAUGAAAAUGGGGAGAACCUAGAAGCCCCUGAUGCGAAUGCAGAAACACAUUUUAAUCCGGUGAAAGUUGACGGCCCAGCACUGAAACCAGCUAAGCCGACCGACUCCAGUGCCGCCAACAGAGUCAGAAUCAUGGACCAGUGGCGCCGACAGAGCAGUCAAAAAGAUGAUCGAUCUGUGAGCGAAACAUCGAGUACCGGAGAACGUCCAGGAUCUGCUGCUCCUGACCCCAAUAUUUCUGUUCAUGCUAUUUCUGAGCUUUCAGUCUCGGGACCCGUUGCUUUGGAGGUAUCUGCUCCUAAAUCGCCCGUACCCCCUGUCCGAUCAUUGCCGCCCAGGCCUUUGCGCAAUGCGGACGUUCAAGUUCGUGAUUCAACUCUUCAGACUCGACAACAGAUCAAAAGAGGCACAUUCGGCGCUCCGAGUCGAGCUCUUUGGGUUGGAUCACUCCCAGAAAACAUUGACAACAGACAACUUAGAAACUUGUUUGCAGAGUUCAAUCCUUCUAGUGUGUCUGCUAAGAACCAGUCUGGCUUCGUUAAUUUCAGCGACAUCGAUACAGCUUGCAGAGCUUUCGAAGCAAAACACGACACUCCACUCGACGGGAAAAUGAUUGUGUGUAAGUUCGCAGCACCUCGCGGACCUGCUCCCAUGGAUGAAAUUUUCGAACGCCGCCCUGUUCCGGAUCCAGACCGCCUCGUGAUGUCUACUUCGACGCCUGCUCGAAGUACCGCAAAAGAACCACAAGCUCUGACUGUUGAUGAUCUGUUUCGUCAGUUGGUCAACAAGCGCAAUUUCAAAGGCAAUAGGACGGCUUUUGAAACUUUGUGCAGGUCCCUACACACGUCUUCGCAUGUCCCACCACCACAGUGGGACACUUAUGUGGUUUUGCAGGCAGCUGAAUUUCAGCCAUGGGCCAGUCGCACUCUCGCUAACGGCGGGAAAGUCGUCGACUAUGAAACGUAUUGGCGUGACCACCUUCAGGAGACAGCGAAGCCCGACCUGGAUCCUGUGUUGACUCCAGCCAGGCUAGAUGCUAUCUUCAACAAGACACGUGCUGUUGAACCACCUCCGAUCAGAUCGAGCGCGCCCGUCACUCCGCAGACCACUCCAGGUGCUAGACGAUUGAUGCCAGCACCUAUUCAGGAGACACCAACUUCGACUUCUUCUCACACUUCUAGAGCCGCAGCUGAUGAAUUGAGACGAUCUGUCGUCGAACGUGAUGCUCAAAGCACGACCAACUCACCACGAUCUGUUGUCGAGCGCAAUUCUCAAAGCACGGCCAUAUCACCACGGAACACCGUUUCUGCGCAGCCUCAUCCUCUUGCAGAUUUACUUGAACCUCUCAGAACUUCGAAAUGGCUGCGCCAGAAUUUCCUAAGAGAUCCGAAAGGAAUGAUCGUUCAGCAAAAUCUCUAUCAAAUGUAUAAAGAGGCCUUUGCUGGUGCGACAGUUCCGUUAAUGUUGGGUGGACCAUUUAUAAAUCAUGUGUUCAACACCUUCCCCGGUCAUACCUUGAGUGCGCCCGAUGAGCAAGGGGUAUCUCCGCACCUAUUCCCAGUGGGCGAGAUGAACGUAGUGAGUAUUCCUCUGCAUCUCGCAGUCCUGCUCGACAGCAGUACCCUCGCGAUUUCCGACGUGAAAGGGACCUUGCCCCGAGAAGAUCUCUUCCAUUUACGGGGGAACAAGUUCACUCGAGAUCUCGGUCACCGCCGCGUCAUCCUGCUCCACCGAGAGUACCGAAGGGACCACGACGCAGAUUCUGAGAAACCCGAAUACGGCGAUUUUUUCAAGAAAUAUCGCUCGUUAGGAAACGUGACUAAGAAAGGCAACGCCUUCUCCGAUCGCGAAUGA